UAAAGUAUUAAUUUCAUUCAUGUAAUAAGAUAUUAAAUAUUUUUUUUCUUCUACCUUUUGAUGAUAUUCAUCAAGUACUCUUUUAAUUUGAUGUACUUUGCGUGACAUUCCGCGCGCUGUCUGCUGCCCGCGCAGUCGCAAACCACCAGCACAUGUAUUGAUCGCGAAAACAGACGAUUCCAGAGCAGUGAAGCAGGGCGUGAUUGGUUGUCAUGCGUUAUGCGUCGACGUAGGAGUCGUCAGGAUCAUCAAAAAGAAGAUACUGGAGCUGUUGUUAGUGUGUGUUUUCAUAACAUUUAAUCGUUAUUAAUUAACAAACUAAACAAUUUAAUCAAACAGGCUUAAGUUUUAGUGACCUCUAAGUGUUUAGUGAAAUGGCAUUUGAUCAUUUAAUCUUCCCUGUUGAUCAAGAACAUUAAAAACACGAGUCAUCAAGAUAUUUACUGAUAACUAGUGGCCGUCUAACCGUUCUAAUUUUUGAGUGUAACAUUCUAUUCUGCUACAUAGAAGUCCUGCAAGUAAAUAAUAGAGUUGAAGAGAAUAAUAAUAUAAAGAACGAAAAAUAAAGUGAAAGUAGAUUUGUUGUCUGCACACAGGAAACGAAGCAAGUUCUCGUAGCGAACAGGUUGACCUUCCACCUGUACCUUUACCGUAACUCAUUCAAUCAAGACGAGAAAUAGAAAGAAAGGAUUUAUUUUCUUUUCAUAUUAAACAAAUCAAUGAGAAGAAUCAUUGGUUCAUGCAUUCUAAUGCCUUGACUUGAAGAUAAAAGUCAUUAGGGACGGUUAGACGGUCCACUGUAGGCUGAAGGUUUGAUUCAUUGGCUGGAGUAUAUACUAGAUUUAUGCCAACAUGAGUAUUCUAUCAUCGUCGUCCAUCAGCAUCUCUGGCCUAGCAGACGAAGAAGCCGAUCACAACAUGCUCCAGGAUCUUCAGCUAGCAGCAGAGCUCGGCAAAACACUUUUGGAACGCAAUAAAGAGCUUGAAACCAGUCUGAAAGCUCACCAAACUACUAUAGAGGAGCAAACUCAAGAAAUAGAGUACUUGAAGAAACAAAAUGCCGCCCUGAGGGAAGUAACUGAUUCCCGACUUAAGAUAUAUGAGCAACUAGAAGUAAUGGUCCAAGAUUUGGAACGUGAAAAUCAUAGACUCAAAGUCGAAAAUUCAUCACAUAAAAAGCACGUAAAGAGUCAAUGUCAGACAAUCGAGAAUCUUGAAGCAAAGUGCGAGGAGCUUCAGAAAAAGAUUGAUGAGUUAAAAGUUCAAAACGACAAUCUUUUACGUCAGCAACAACAGCAAUAUAUGAAUGGACAAUCUAAUGGGAACGAAACGCAGUCAGUUGGAACAUGGAAGGGAUCUAGUUCGCACGAUGGCAGCAUAAUCCAGAAAGCUGUGAGAAGCCCUACCAAGUCUUCAAUAAUACUUGCGGAUGAAAGUGUACAAAAAUUGAAUGAUGCUGACGAAGAUGAAGUAACAAAACUUUUACGUCAACUUCAAGAAACUCGUAGUCAAAGAGCGAGAGAGCAGAAAACAAUAUCAGAUUUGCGUCAACAACUUGAAAAUAUUCUUAAAGAAAAUCGUGCUCUUGAAGAUCAACUUAACGAAUGGCGUAUUAAGGCCCAGGAUAUGAAGAAUCUCCAAGAUGAAAUAAAUACUUUAGAAGAAGUUCGGGAAGGGAAAUUAUGUGGUCGCUGUCUACGCAGUUAUGAUUCGCACACUCAAGAUGAACUUUCAUCAAUGAUGAUAAUGGAUGCUGAGGAGGAUGAUGAUCUUAGCUUAGCUGAAUCUUAUCUGAAUAAUCAGAGAGAAUUUGAAGUAUCACUAGAGGAAACAGAUAAUGACUCAAAGACCGUUGACGAACGAGAAGUUGUCGCUAACCCCUACAGAAUGUUAUAUGAAAAAUAUGAAGCUCUUCUUGAGGUCCAAAGACAACCCGCUCAACGUAAGAAAUCUAUUACUCCAACACCAUGCAUGUCACUUCAAGAAGAAUUAAAAAUGUCGGGAGAUUUUAAUACUUUUCAAAAUACACCUUCUGAUCAAGAAAAUAAUCAUAAAACGAUUAAUGGUUUUCACGGUCGAUUUGGAUAUGAAAAGAAACUUAGUUCCAUGACACCAACUGACUUUUCCGAAGCUGAAACUUUAUCCUCAGGUUUCACAGAUGAGACAAGUAAUAAAUCAACUCAGACUGAUGGUGCAAGGCCUGGCUCUUUAUUGUGUUCAAUUGCUGACGGUGAAGAUUGCAAAUUUAGUAUUUAUGACGACAACAGUCCUUUCGAAAGUCGUUUCCGGAAAACACCUGAAUAUCGACAGUUAUUUAGUGAAAUAUUUGAGGUUCUAAAACGAGCAGCAGAGGCAAAAGAUGAAGGAGAAAAAUAUCCUCUGUUAAAUAACACACCAACAGAGCCAAUCAAAAGGAUCGAAGAAGAGCAAGAAGAUCAGGGAGAUCUAACUGAUGAUAGCCAGAGUGUAUUAUCCUCUGUUAUAUCAUCUGUUGUGUCAGAGCCGGUCAUUAGGGUUCAUACUCCAACGCCAGAGAAGAAAACAGGUGAUGAACGGACAUCAACUACAACUGACAAGUCUGGAGAAUCAACUGCAGUUUCUACGGUACGACAUCCUCCUCAGCAAAGACGCCAUCAUCUUGAUUAUUUAUCAGUUCAAGUUCGAAAGAAAAAUUCUGCUAAGAAAAAUAAUCAUAAAAAAUUCUUGUGCAAUGAAACAUCUAGUGCAGUAGAUGUUAUUCCUACGACAAAUCCCAAGUUCUUACAAUCAAAAACAGGUGGUAGAAGAACAAGAUAUAGACCUUUAACAUUUACAGAACAAGAAGGCACACAUUGGAAUGGCAAUACUAUUCAUAUUUUCCCCAGUAAGAACAAAGAACCUAGCAAACAUCAAAGAUAUAGUAGCGGAUCCCAUAAUUAUAACAGUGAUCAGCAUAAUAGUUCAUUUGAAUACAAGGACUAUAAGCCUACCAGUGCAUCCGAGGAAGUUGCAAAACUGAGACGACUUGAAAUGUCUUAUGCUGAGGCACUUCGUACGCCAAAUAAAUCCAAAGCCAACAAAUUUAAUCGUAGAUACUGAAUAAUAAUUUAUAUGCAAUGAAAAGUUUAUUUUUUUAGUAAAACUUUUUUUAAUUAGAUUUCAUUUUUUGACUUUCAUCAUCCAAUUGUUUAUAAUAAUUUUAUCUAAUAAUAUUAUUAUUUAUAGUAUUUAUAACUAUUUGACUAAAAUUCUAUUAAUCAUGUGCCAUUGAAUGAAAAACAUCCAUCUUCAUUUAUCAUUUACAUUCACACUAACAAUUUUUAUUAUGUAGACCAUGAGCAAUGUGUAUUUUUUCAGU